UUAAACCAUCGUCAUCCGUCAUCCUGAAGAUAAAAGUGAUUAAACUGCCAACCCACAAAAAAAAAUUACACAAAAACAAACAGGCAGUGUUUCAGCCACAUUAGUGACAGAGGAGGAAGGACAUUUUGACGUCAGCCCUCAAAAGUGAAAACUAAUGGGAAACUAGAGUCUUUUGGAUCCCAGACAGCAGAUCAACUGAGCAGAGCAGUAAGUACAUAACUGUGUCGACUGACUUGGAAAUAUGGUAAACAACAAAUUCUUCACCGUGGUUCUCUUUUUACUUUGCAACUUGACUGUGGCACUCACAGACAACUCUGUGUCUUGCUACAGGAUUGAGCCCGGGACAAUAGCAGGCAUCAUCUGUGCAGAUGUGUUGCUGACCCUUAUCAUUGUCAUGGUCACCUACCGAUGUGCCAGCUUUCGGCGUCAGAAGAUAGAAAACGCUGACAAGGUGUAUAUGAAUGUUCGGGCGAACUGCAAGACCUAAAUGGUGCGAUACAUUAUGUAAUAUGUUCAGUGAUGUAGAUUGUGCUUUUUUAAAUAUAGUAUAAAAUGUUUAAAAAAGAGUAAUUUAACUCUUUUUACUUUCUCAAUUCUUUUGCAAUAAACACAAGUAGAGUAUCUUGCACAUAUUAUAUUUCUGCUUAGUUCAUUAUACAUAUGAUAAACUCUAAGGCAUAGAGUUAUGGCAAAAAACUGUCUGAUUACCAGCUUUUAGUUAUUACACAGAAUUCAUUGGAGCUACAAGUGUUUUGCUGCCCCACAUAAAAGCUUUAGAAAAUCUUAUAAAAGAGCCUUUUACGUUCAGUCACGACUUGUGCUUUCUCUUUACAUAUCUGCUAAAAGUUAUUCUGUAAAACCUUAUAAAGAAGAAGUGUAUCAAACUGAAGUGUGUAAAUCAAAUUCACCUUUUUGAGUAAAAAUGCUCUGAAAUCUUUUCAUGAAAUGUCUGCGCUGUAACUAUACCACAGCACCCUCUGCAGUUGACUAUUGAUAGCAAAAUGUGUAAAUACUGCAUUUAUCAAAACCUGUGUUGAUAUAUGUAAUUUUACAAACUAAAGCAAGACCUGAUAAAAUUGUGUUACAGUAUAUGUCAUAUCUGAAAAAGCUCUGUGUUGACAAUAAGGAUAUUGCAUGUGUGAAUGAAAUUGAAUUAUUAGCCCCAACACAUUAAUAGAAUAAAUAAAACACCAAACAUCCACCAUCUGCCACAUCUGCUGAGAAUUAUGUUGAGUGGACUUUCAGAUUCACUGACAGAAGUAAUUUCUUUCACUGUUAAAUAAAUACUAUUGACUUGCGUGUUU